AUGGCAGACCAAGACUACCGCACCGCCUCCAGCGCCAACGGCUUCGGCAACCGCAUCGGCUGGGGCGCCCGUCCUGCCCUUCUGCUCAUAGACGUCUGCACCGCCUACUGGACCCCCGGCUCUCCCCUCGACACCUCCUCAAAUCCUGCUUCUGUGGCUUCGGUGGAUGUGAUGCGUCGUCUUUUGUCUUCCGCGCGAGGAGCAUCGCACGGUGGGAAAGGAGUCCCGGUGAUCUGGACGACGGUGAAGUAUAAACCGGAUAUGAGCGAUGCGGGACUGUUUUAUAGUAAGGCGAAGCAAUUGUCUAUUUGGGCUGAAGGGGAUGAGAGGGGUUUGGGGGCGUGGGUGGAAGGGUUGGUGCCGGGGAGGGGGGAGGAGGUUGUUGAGAAGAGACAUGCAUCAGCGUUCUUUGGGACGGAGCUGGUUUCGAAAUUGAUCCUGCUGGGUGUGGACACGCUGGUGAUUUGUGGCGUGAGCACGAGUGGAUGUGUUAGGGCGACGACGUUGGAUGCGCUGAGCUAUAAUUUCAGACCUAUGGUCGUCGAAACAGCCUGCGGCGAUCGAAGCCCAGCCAUCCACGACGCCAACAUCCACGACAUGGACGCCAAAAUGGCCGACGUAGUGAGCGAAGAAGAAGCGAUCAAGCACCUGAAAGCAGGGUGGGCAUGA